GGCGCCGUCCUCCCCGUCGCCCCCGCGCAGCGCGAGCCUCCUGCCGCUCCACGCCUCCCGUCCGGCGCGCGCAGCCCUGGUCGGAGCGGCGAUGCGCCUCAUUCACAACAUGUGCACCAUCGCCGAGUACCCCGCCCCGGGCAGCGCCGCCGCCGCCGACUGCUGCCUGGGGGCUGCGGGCCGCCGCCUGGUCAAGAUCGCCGUGGUGGGGGCCAGCGGCGUGGGCAAGACCGCUCUGGUGGUGCGGUUCCUCACUAAGCGAUUCAUCGGUGACUAUGAAAGAAAUGCAGGUAAUCUCUAUACCAGACAAGUCCAAAUAGAGGGUGAAACCCUGGCUAUUCAGGUUCAGGACACUCCAGGUAUUCAGGUCCAUGAAAACAGCUUGAGCUGCAGUGAACAGCUGAAUAGGUGCAUUCGCUGGGCCGAUGCUGUGGUGAUCGUUUUCUCCAUCACCGAUUACAAGAGCUAUGAACUCAUUGGCCAGCUCCACCAGCACGUCCAGCAGUUACACCUGGGCACCCGGCUGCCUGUGGUGGUUGUGGCCAACAAAGCUGACCUUUUGCACAUCAAGCAGGUGGAUCCUCAGCUCGGACUGCAGCUGGCCAGCAUGCUGGGCUGCUCUUUCUAUGAGGUGUCUGUCAGUGAGAAUUACAAUGAUGUGUACAAUGCCUUCCAUGUGCUGUGCAAAGAAGUGAGUCACAAACAGCAGCCCAGCAGCACACCAGAGAAGCGAAGGACCUCCCUCAUCCCCAGGCCCAAGUCACCCAAUAUGCAGGAUCUGAAGAGGAGGUUCAAGCAAGCCCUAUCUGCCAAAGUGAGGACUGUCACCUCUGUCUGAAGCAGGGGCACUCUAGGGAGUUUGGUCUUCCGAGGAAGAGGGCCUGAGGUUCUUCCAAUGCAGGAACGUUGAAUGCUGGCAGUAAUUCAUGGUUCCAGAAAGAGCUGGAGCAGAGAGGCCAAGAGGGCCUCUGGAACUGCUGCGGAAAAGGAAGCGUUGUUCUGAGCAGGAGGACAGAAUUGAUGAGGCAUCAGUGAGCUCACCAAGCCAGGCUCUGAAUCUGUGAAAUGUACUCCGUGUCUUUUCUUUUGGAGUGGGGGGAGAGGUGUAAUCGCUUUGGUUUUUGUUCUUAACCACUUUGUAAAUGAUGAUCAGUUGUAGUGUCAUAAAAUAUAUCGAUGUGUUUUACAGUGGGAAUGAAAGAGCGUAUUAGGCAUUCACGUGCUUCCCCCACUUUUUUUCUUCCUUUUCCUUUUUUUUUUAACCUUAAAAGGAAGAAUUGCUAUUUUUUAUCACUAUGAUUUGCAUGUCUGGAACACUAUUCCUUACAGAAUGCCUUUCUAACCUGAAGGAUCCCUAGAUUUUUCCCUUUAAAGAACAAGGAAGAAAUUCCUCCUUUCAAAAAAAGAACAGGUUGUGUGUGAGGACCUGUUUGUUCUCUGUACAGACAUAUGUAAGCUUGCAUGUACAGAAUGUCUACAGGAAGGCGUGGUUUCUCCUGACACAGGCUGGGUAUGGUUCUUUGGGUGUGUGUUGUGUAGUUGUGAAUUGAAACUCUUCAGCCCCAGACUUUGAGUCAUUGUGAGACUGUAUAAUUUUUAAAACUUGCAUCAGGUACAGAAAAAAAAAAAAUGUAUCAUUUGAUUUUGGUGUGAUUUGUGUAAACAGCUCAUGGCAAUGACGUUGGGUUGCUUCCUAGGCCCAACUGAGUCACGGUGAUGGGUGGCUAGAAUACGGAAACUCUUGACAGCAAGCGAACAGAUGCAGGGGCUACCCCGCCAAAUCCCCUACACAGAUGCACUUUAAAAAGCCACUUGUGCUUUGGCUUAAACUGUAAUUAAUUUAUUUUAUGUACAAUAAAUCCUCAUUCCAAAAGAGUAGA